UGGCUUAAAAUUGUAGAUAGAAGAUCCGGUUAGCCACCGCGCGAUGGCCAAGUGGCUGAUAGAGCAUCGUCUUUCUCUGAUUCACCACUUCUCUCUCUCUUCUUUGGGUGCUUAAUGGUUGGUCCGUAGGCAAAUAACAAUGGCUGCUUCGUUGAAUUCAGUGGCCACAUGCUGUUACUUUACUUCUGAAUGUAGAGUGAAUUCAGCUCUAAAGAUCAGAGCUUUCACCUCUCCCAUACAAAUAGUUGGAUUAAGAGAACUUCCUUUUAGUAAAACAAAGAGGAGUUUGUGCCUUUUAGUAACAAAAGAUGACCGUGUUGUGACAGACACCAGCAUUACUAAAGAGGCUGGUCCUCUCGGAAAUGAGAAAGUAGUAGAUUCUGAGGCAUCUAAAAAUAAUGUGAAUGAGGAGAAAAGUGGUCCAACAAGAUUGCCUUUAACUGCAAGAAAGAAACUUAAGGCGGCCAGAGUUCUCAACCGUUACAAUGAAUUAAAAGAAUCUAAGGUGCCUAAGCCAGUAGGAGCGCUUGGAAGUAAGGUGAUGGAGGCUUUAAGGGAAAGUGAUAAAGGGAAGAAGAAAUCAGGUCUUCCAGAAGCCCCGACGAAUAUGUUUGAUGAUGGGAAGAGGGGGAUGCCAAAGGCAGGUCUGACUUUCGAGCUUCCGGUUGGAAUGGAUGUGGCUGUGAUCAUCUUUUCAUUUGUUUUUAUCACCACAGUGAUGUUUUCCACAACUUAUGUGGUGUGGAAACUUGGAGGCAUCCAUUUCAAUGAGUACUAAAGUAAAGCUUUGUUGAGACGGCACAGGGUAAGAUGUCUCCUCUUAUUUUCAAAUGUUGACAGAAAAUAUUGAAAUUAAGUUAUUUAUUUAUUAUACAUGAAUGAAUUAUGCAAAAAAAGUCAACUUUCACCACAAAAAAAAAGAUUUGAUGCAUGGUGAAUCCUGCUGCAUUUCUUGACAUAUAUAAUUUGUGGGUCAUAUUGAAAUCAAAUGUUGACUUGUGUUAGUGUUUCAAUUCAGAAUUGAUAAUGUCAAGAUGUUAAGAAUUAAACAAAAAUAAGGUGAAUUUCCAAUCAAGCACUCUCAUAGCUCAUGUCAUGUAUGUCUAACAUUGUAUAAUAUUAGCUGUUUGUGUUUUAUUAUUUCUAUUUGUUGAA